AUGGUCGGUGAAGGCCCCCCGCCUCCCACCAGCAAAGUGUCGGACGUCAUCACCACCUUCCGUCCCACCCGCCUCUUCAAAGCCCCGCCCUCCGCCCACUACACCUCCAUCGACUUCAACGACAGCGGCGAGUUCCUCCUGCUCAGCCGCACCGACGACACAAUCCAGCUCUUCAACACCAAAGCUGGCGCGCACGCCAAAGAACUCAAGAGCCAGAAGUACGGCAGCGCGCUCGCCCGCUUCACCCACCACGACACCUCCAUCAUCUACGCCAGCACAAAGGUCGACGAUGGCAUCCGCUACUUGUCCAUGCACGACAACUCCUUCAUCCGCUACUUCCGCGGCCAUACCCAACGCGUCACCAGCCUCAGCAUGAGCCCGGGCAACGACGUCUUCCUCUCCGCCUCCCUCGACAACACUGUGAAGCUCUGGGACUGCCGCUCGCCCACCGCGCAAGGCCAGCUCGACUUUACCGCCCCCUACCUCACCGCCUUCGACCCCAGCGCCAGCGUCAUCGCUAUCGCCUCUCCCCCCGCCCAGACCAUCCACCUCUACGACUUCCGCAAUUACGACAAGCCCCCCUUCGCCACCUUUGACCUGCUCGAUACAGAAAAGCGCUAUCAAGCCUCCCACGGCCAGAAGAGCGGCGCAGGCUGGACGGGGCUGGAGUUCAGCAACAAUGGAAAAUACCUGCUCCUCUCCACCAACGGCCCCGGCCACUACCUCCUCGACGCCUUCUCCGGCGAUCUCAUCCAUUACCUCCAUCGGCCGUCCGGGAGCGCCACGCGCCCCGCACCCGGCGAUGUCUUGAAUGAAUCACACCCCUGCUACCUGCAAUCCGACGCAGCCUUCUCUCCCGACGGACAGUACGUGAUAAGUGGGAACGGAGGACAGACCGGGCUGUUGGUUUGGGAUCUGAAGGACACUAUGAGCGGUGCGGAGAAGGUGUUGGAGCCGUCGUGCGAUUUACCGAGUACAAAGAGUGCGGCGGUGGUGGCAUAUAAUCCGCGCCACAACUUGAUCGCGAGCGCAGAUCGCGAGGUCAUGAUGUGGCUGCCAGAUGCGGAUGCGGCGUGA